AUGACUUCAAUAAGACAGCUGGGAAGCCCCAUCGAGUGCCGGAGCUGCUAUUCAAUGAGUAAUCAGCCUAACCCCAGCAUCGCGUCGGUCAAGACGACGACGACGACGACAACGCCCACCUACGAGGGCCAUUCGUCCGAGUCGGAGAGCAAGAAGAAUGCCCAGCAACAGCAGCAGCCGGGGGCCAAGCGCCGCCCGUCGCGCGCCGGCACCCGCUCCGUCACGACGCUGACGGCCGCCCAGCUGGAGCGCAAGCGGGCCAACGACCGCGAGGCCCAGCGCGCCAUCCGCCAGCGCACAAAGGACCACAUUGAGAACCUGGAGAGACGCGUCGCCGAGCUCACGGCGCGCGAAAACGCAAACGCCACCGGGCGCGUCAGCGAGAUUCUGCAGCGCAACGAGGAGCUGGAGCAGGAGAACGCCGUGCUGCGCCAGCGCCUGAACCACGCGCUGGCGACGCUGGGCUCGGCGGGCUAUGCUGCUGCCGCGGCCGAGAGCAAUGGCCUGCCUAGCGAGAGCGGAAUCCUUGCCACCAGCGGCGCCCCCUCGCCCAGCGACCGCACCCUGAUCAUCAACCAGCCGCGCCCGGCCACGACUCCCGGCGCCCGCAGCAUGCCCGCCGUCACGGCCGCCGCGCCCUCCAACGUGCCCUCGCAGGCCGACUGGCACCACCCGCACGCCCACCAACACGCCCACUCUGGAUACAGCCCGGCGCCCAGCUCGAGCGGAGCGGAGUCGGCGCCGCCCGUCGACGUCUCCGCCCCGCCCGACGCCAUGCGCUGGAGCCCCCACGGCCACCCCGUAAACACUCCUGUCGCCGUUGCCGAAAGUAGCAUGCACCCCGUUGACCAGUCGGUGCAGCACUCGAUGAGCUACGGCUACGUGCUCGAUCCCAACGGCCGCCCCAUGCAGUACCAGUCGGACGCCCAGCCGCAGUCGAUGGCCUACAGUCACAUGCCCGUCUCGAACCCCCCGCCGCCGCCGCCCCAGUACCACGAACAGCGCCACCUGGCCGUCCAGCCCUCGUACCCGCAAUACCCCCAGCCCCAGGGCUACAUUCCCUCGUCGGCGCACCACGCCGGCGAAAACAUGCCGACGAUGAUGCAGCGCUCGCCCAUGGAGGGCCAGCACAUGAUGUACAGCAUCCCGUCGAAUGUCAAGCCGGAGCAAUGA